AUGCCAAAUUCUCAACUCACUGCUGUGCUCUUCAUGGUUUUAUCUAUGGUGGCUUAUCAGAUCAGUGCCUCAUUUGCGAAACAAUUAUUUGAGGUUUUAGAUCCGAUUACCGUCGUGACCUUAAGAUUAUGUUUUGCGUCUAUUUUAAUUAUUUUAAUGUUCCGUUCAUGGAAAAUUAUCAAGCGUUUACCUUACCUAAGAUGGAAUGAGCUACUUUAUUAUAGUGGUUCAGUCUGUUUGAUGAAUGUGCUGUUCUAUGCCUCUUUAGGCAAAUUGCCUCAAGGUAUUGCUGUUGGAUUAGAAUUUUUAGGGCCUCUGACUUUGGCACUGCUCUCGAUUAAACAAAAAACUGACUAUAUUUGGGUAUUUCUUGCCAUCAUUGGCAUUGCUUUGAUGGUGCCUUGGCAAGAUGCGACUGCACAUAACUUUUCCUAUCUUGGUGCUGCCUUUGCUUUAGGUGCGGGUGUCUGUUGGGCAAUUGUACGACAAAAUAUUGGUAUGCAUGCACUAAGUAUUGCAAUCGUCUUGUCGGCCUUGGUUAUGCUGCCAAUUAGUGCUGUACAUAACCCAGAUGCCUUGCUACAAACACAGUACUGGGGCAAAGCUUUGCUGAUUGCACUUUUAGCAACCGCGAUUCCGUAUGCCUUAGAUCUGCUUGCUUUAAAACAAUUAAGCAAAAUGAGCUAUGGUACUUUAUCGAGUCUAUCCCCUGCACUUGCCGCAAUUUCAGGUAUGGUUUUACUGAAUGAACAUAUUACUGCUUGGCAAACCGUUGCUUUAAUCUGCAUUAUGAUUGCCUCGGUAGGGGUAACAUUUAGAGCGGCGAAAAGCUCAAAUGCUCACUAA